UAAUUUGAUUUAACCGUAAAUAUUUUAACCGGCAGUGUGUGAACGUGUAUAUUUUGUUAAGAAUAUGAAGAUGAUGUGCUCAUUUAAUAUUUUAUUGUUAGUGUUCUUAUUUAUCUGUUUUUCAAACGCUCAGUUUGGUGAAUUAAAAAAAGGAUAUCCGAAAAAUGUUCCACCUGGAAACCCAAUUACUGAUUACGAUUACUAUGAGAUCCAGAUAAAAAACAAAACGACAAAAAUUGCGAAAAGAGUACGCGCUAUACUGAAUACGCUCAAUAGACCAGGCAAUAGUCAUGAUUUUGGUUCAGCGUUUGAAGCCCAAAUGGAAGGUAUGCAUGCUAUUAAAAGACCAAAAGAUGGAACGGGUCCGAAUGACGAAAAGGGUCACAUAAUUGGUUCACAGUUCAAUGGACCGGCUGUAGACUACAAUAUGGUGCCCAUGGGUAGUUAUCAAAAUAGGAAUUUCCUCGUGAAAAAUGUGUUCAUGUCAAGUUAUUACGAUAUGGAAAUGAGAAUGAGGGACUUCAUUGCAAUAGGAUGUGGGAGUGUUGAUUUGAAAGUUGAAAUCAAUUAUUUAGCACCCCAAAAUAAUGGUCAACAGUCUUAUCGACCAAAAAGUUUUGAUAUGUAUCACACAUUUGUUUAUAAAAUCAAUGGCGAAGAUAUGUACCAACCAAAUUCUCAUCUUUUCACGUCGUUCGAAAAUAGUAUGGGCUUAGUGAAUAUUCCCGAAUAUAUAAAACAACGCAAUGAUCCAGAACAACUAAACAAUUUCAACCCAUCAAGGGUUGGACCAGUGUCUGGAACCCCCAAUAAAAAGAUUAAGAAGCCAUCCAAUCCAAAGAGACAACAGGUGAUAAAUGGAAAAAUACAACAUUUUAAAAUUAGCGCCGAUCAAGAGAACGAAGAUAUGAGGAUAAAAGUAACGAAUCAAAAGGAUAAAGUCGACAAAACGAUAGCGUUUAGUCGUGAUCAAUGUGUUGAUAUGACAGGUUUUCCAAAUUUAUUGGCAAACGAUAUAACUAUCCUGAAAGGUCAAUGUCUAAUGGCGUACUCAGAAGAUUCGUGUACAGGUUCCGGUAUAGUAAUCAGGGCACAUAAUUUAAAUAUCAAAACCAAUAUUUCAAACAACCCCAACGUUUCUUCUAAAAUUAAAAGCAUCCAAAGCUGUUGUCAAAAUUUGGGUUUAUCCGUCGACAAUGUUUAUGCUCCAUAUGAUUUCAAGAAUCCCGUACAUCGUCAGUUUUGAACCUAGAAGAAACGGCUAUCGAUACCAUUUCUCUUUGCCCACGUGUUACGAAUCAAAAAUAUGUCAAUACAGAAUCAUAACAUGCAUAGUAUC